AGUUUACAGAGCAGCUGUGUGGAAACUGAUCGAUCAGUCAUGACAAGAGUAAUUUCCACUUUGUCCAGGGAGAGUUGGGUGGACAAACUAAAUGGAAAAUGGACUCCAUUACUUUUCCUGAUCUUGGGCUUACUGGCAUUCCUUGGUCCACUGUAUUUUAGUCCAAUUGAGUGUAACUUCCCAGUAGAAUUUACUGAGCAGAAUGCAGCUUAUGGCAAGUCUCUUUGUUACGAAGCCAAACAUAUUGAGAAGUUGUCUGAUUCUCCUGUCAAACUACGCGGUCUUUCAGAUGAUACUGUGUUUUUGGUCGCAAAUCCAGAUGAGAACCAUACUGGAGAACGGACUCUGUACCAAUAUGUGUCAUUAAUCCUGAUAUUACAAGCCAUAUUUCUUCGAAUACCGUUUAUGGUGUGGAAAUUGGGGGAGAAAAAAUUAGGCAUCCAUUUCACUGUCUGUACAUAUAACCCUGGCGAUGAUAGCAAAUCCAUGGGUAAAAGGCUGGCGGUCUAUAUACAGCAAUGGAUACAGAAUCGAAAAAUAAAUAUUCUAUCCCUUGGAGCACUCACUCUUUUUCAUUGCUUUAUCAAACUGCUAUAUUUUGUGAGUGCUUCCACACACCUUGGGCUAUUGGAUCCGUUCCUGAAACAGGAAAAUGAAACCAGCUAUGGAUCUCAGAUCCUAGGAAACAUAAAAGAAAACAAUAUUUCUCUAUUUCAAUUUUCUCCAGCGUUCCCUCGGCAUGUAUUUUGUGAAUAUGGAAUUGUGAAUUUACAAAACAUUCAGAAAUAUUUGGUUCAGUGUACCUUGCCACUCAAUCCUUAUUUAGAACAGAUGAUGGCGGUGGCCUGGUGGUGGUUGAUCUUUACUGUCGCCGCCACUGUGGCUGACGGUCUUCUGUACUUCUUUGGAGCUGUGCUUCCUUUCUUCAGACUUUGGUUUGUAAAAUCAAAUCUGAUGACACUGGAACUUGGGAAUUCAAAGCAAGCGUUGUCGGAAAGAAAUAUGAAACUGUUUGCUGACAGUACCUUAGGAGAAGACGUAAUUUCCUUCCUGAAGCAAGUCCAGGAAAAUGAGAAUGGAUGUAUGGUGAUGGAAGCAGUCACAGAAUUAUGGAAAAUUCAACAUGGCGAUGGUGAAAUACAACCAGCACAAGCUACUUAUCCCCCACAUCAAUCUACGUCUGCAAUGAACCUUCAAACAAUACAAACCUCAAAACAGCCAGAGCAUAUCCAGGGAGGUCAAGAGACACCUCAAGGUCAAAUCUACCAGCCACCGACAGCUCCUUCAUUAUACCCAUCCUAUGCGACCAGUUCACAGUGACAAAACGAAAUAUAUUUAAGAGUGUCUUUUCAACCACCUUGUUACUUUAGUCUAUAAAAGCAAUGUACUAUUUUUGAUGCAUUGUAUUUUUUAUCUAGUUUCAUCAUUAUAACAUAUAUACUGUUAACUAUAUAUUUUAAUACUAGUAUGUAAUUAUAAAAUCACAUAUAUACUUUAAUAUAUA